AUGAAAGUGGUGUGUCUGCCCUCAGGCAACACCAAGGAACUUAGAUCACUGUUUGAUUCUGGGGCGCAACACACCUUCAUCACACAAGAGGUAGUGGAAGAGUGUAAACUUGAACGAGACAAACCCGUCCAACUGAGCAUCAGUGGGUUCUGGGAUACCAAAGAACCUAGACAAUAUGGUACGGUCACUGUACCCGUCAGGGUAAACGAUGACAGCCUCGUAAUUUUAAAGACUAUUGUUGAACCUAAAAUACCUCAGAGUGCUAGGCCUCGUAGACUCUGUAAGCUAGUCUCUGAACUGAAGAGCAGGAAUGUCAACCUAGCUGACCCUAACUUGUCAAGUAGUCAGAUUGACCAGGUGAAACUGCUUGUUGGCAUAGACCACUACUUUGACUUCAUCCAUUCUCCACAAGCAAAUGGAGUGAACCUGAUUGAGUCCUCCUUAGGAUAUCUGGUCGCUGGUAAACUACCUAGUAAUGACACCCCUAUCAGUGCUCAUUUUGUAACUGUAAUGAGACUUGCAGUUGAUAAACCUUCCAAAGCUGCUCUAGAGAUACCACUUGAGAUGUCUGAUAGCCAAUUUGCUGAAGACCCCAUCCAACAGCUUUGGACCCUAGAAUCAGUCGGAAUUGUUGAUCAAGAUAUGUCACCCGAGGAUAAAUUUGUACUGGAAGAAUUCAAGAAUUACAUCAAUAUGGUUGAAGGACGAUAUGAGGUAUCUCUCCCCUGGAAAGUAUAUAAGAAACAACUCCCUACCAACUUAGCACUCUCGAGGAAAAGACUGAACAGUACUGUUCACAAGCUGAAACAAACUAACAACUAUCUGGAAGUUUAUGACCAGAUCAUCAAAGAACAACUAUCUCUUGGCUUCAUUGAAACAGUACCAGAAGAAGACCUCAAGUUGACCAACGUACAUUAUUUACCCCAUUUACCUGUGAUUAAGGAUUGA